GCAGAUGUCCUGCUCACUCUUCCAUGCAUUCUCUCCACAUCUAUCAGUCAGGUACAGGUCAUGUCAGUGGGAGAAAUACUGACUAUGCUUUUGAGAUGGCUUGCUCUAAUGUCAGAUAUGGGAAGGGUGUGACCAGAGAGAUUGGCAUGGUAAUAGUUUUGUGACAUUAAAAAUAAGAGAAUCAUGUGGUCAACUAUUGGCAUCCAAUUAUUGGCACCGAGAGAAUGGAGACAAAGACAUACAUGAAGGCUAAAUUUGCUGAAUGAGAAAGUACUGUAACUGACCGCUAGAGUAACAUUACAACUAGUUUGUAGUAUUUUAACACAUUCAAAAAACUGUCCUAGAAGUCCUUUUUUAUUUUAUACAACAUCUCCAUGUUUAUACUCAAUACAUCACUUAUAAAUUUGUGACUCUGUCCCACUUUUCUGGCAGAUAGUGGGGAAGUUGGAGGCAGGCUUGAAACAACUCAAAAGGCACUUUGUUUUUCAACUUUCACUUUUGCUUUUCAGAGGUUUUAUUUUAUGAACGCACCCACAUGGCUCUGUGCUGGUUGGCUCUCUUUGUCUCUCAAGGCGCUCAUCUCUCUCUAUUUUUUUAUUUUUUUAUUCUUGCCAGUACAAUUCCCGCAGGUGUGCAUUCCUUACCAUUUGCCUUCUCCAGCUCCUCCUUCCAUUCACAAACCACCCAUUUGAUGGCCAGACACUCCUCUACCAUACUGUACUCUGUCUACUGGACCAGAUCUCACACUCCCUUUUUAGUGAGAUCAGUCAACAAACCAACGGUAAUAUCCAGCCAGCCCCAAAAACUGUCUCACCUCUAUUUCGGUCUUGGGUCUUAGGCAGGUUGCAAUCGCUGCUGUCUUAUCAAUCUGGGGACGCACCUGCCCAUGGCCUAAGUGGAAGGCCACAUACCAUACUUCCACCCAUCCAGUCGCACACUUCUUUUGGACUUGCAGAAUUUGGGUGCACGAAAUGUGUGUUUGAUGACUGACAGGAACUUGUCCAAGUUGCCUCCAGUGACAGCAGUGCUGGACUCACUAGCCAGACAUGGUGUGAAGUAUGAAUGCUAUGACAGUGUGAGGGUGGAACCUACAGAUUAUAGUUUUAAAGCAGCAAUUGAUUUUGUGAAGAAAAGAAAUUUUGAUGCAUAUGUAGCUGUGGGCGGUGGCUCUGUGAUUGACACCUGUAAAGCUGCCAAUCUUUAUGCAUGUCACCCGGAGGCUGACUUUCUGGAUUUUGUCAAUGCACCAGUUGGGAAAGGAAAGCCAAUUAACCGAUCACUGAAGCCUCUUAUUGCAGUUCCCACUACAGCAGGUACAGGGAGUGAAACCACGGGUGUAGCAAUAUUUGAUUUUGAAGACCUGAAGGCCAAAACAGGCAUAGCAAGUCGGUCACUGAGGCCUACUUUGGCAAUGGUGGAUCCAUUACACACACUGCACAUGCCAGCCAGAGUGGCUGCCAACAGUGGCUUUGAUGUACUCUGCCAUGCUUUGGAAUCCUACACUGCUUUGCCAUAUAACAUGAGAAGUCCAUGUCCUACCAACCCCAUCACCCGUCCUGCUUAUCAGGGCAGCAACCCAAUCAGCGAUGUCUGGGCAAGACAUGCCCUCUGUAUAGUAGCGAAGUACUUAAAAAGAGCGGUGCAUAAUCCAGAUGAUGUAGAGGCACGCUCCAGCAUGCACCUGGCAAGUGUGUUUGCUGGAAUUGGCUUUGGUAAUGCAGGAGUUCAUUUAUGUCAUGGAAUGUCAUAUCCUAUCUCUGGGAACAUCAAAACCCAUAAGGCUAAAGGAUACAGAGUCGAUCAUCCGUUAGUGCCUCAUGGCCUUUCUGUGGUUCUCACAUCUCCUGCUGUGUUUGCCUUCACUGCCUGCAUGUGCCCAGAGCGCCACCUAGAGGCAGCAGAGAUACUGGGUGCUGAUGUAAGGAAUGUGAAGACAGAAGAUGCUGGAUGUGUGUUGGCAGACAUACUGAGGAACUUUCUGUAUGACUUGGAGGUGGAAGAUGGCUUGUCUGAAAUUGGCUACAGUAAAGAGGACAUUCCUGAAUUGGUGAAGGGAACUAUUCCUCAGGAGCGGGUGACAAAACUCUCACCAAGAUCUCACACUGAAGAGGAUCUCACUCGUUUGUUUGAAGCAUCCAUGACACUAUACUAAAUAGGCACGAUGAUUAGACAUCUGUUAUGUUUUAAUCCAAGAACAAACCCAACAUGACCCUUGUUUUGAGUAUGAAGUUGGAACAAAAUCAAGAUUUAUCUUGUAAAAUAAAUUAUGUAGUCAGUAAUAUGGUAUUUUUAUGAAUACAAAGCAGACAGAAUUUCAUCUGCAUUUUGUAGUCUUGUGCAACAAUUAUAAUUCACAAGUUGGCCACCACAAAAUAUCAUCUAGAAGCAUUUAACCCCCAAUGUGUAUAUAGACAAUAGAAAUGUGCUGGAAAAUCUACCUACACUGAUAUUCACAUCAAAAGCUCUAGUCAUCUAAAGCUGAAGUAUAGUAAUUACUUCUUGUUUUACUGGUUGCAAUAAUCUGGAAUAAUGAGUAGUGUAUAAAGGUAUUCGUACAGUGUUCUACACUGUUAUUGAAGGAAACACCAGAUUUAAAAUAAUAAAUACUUGAAACUGCUCAAAAUCCCAAUAAAACAACUAUCAUGUGCAUGUUUCAAUUCACACGACAUUUAAAAAAAAAAAAAAAAAGCGCUGAAUAAACUUUACUAUAAUCAA